AUGAUGAAUCCUGACGCGCCACCCUUCAUUCCCACGUUUGCUCGUGCUAAAGUCAAUCGUCAGGUGUACACUCGCGCAACACUAAAAAAUAUCGAGUUAACUGUUGUCCAAAGCAUUGCCUCUGCUCCUUUGACUGACGCCCAGUCGACCCUACGCACACCGACGGACUUUGCCGCACUUUUAAACCGUCCUUACGCUAUUGAGUGGCUGGAUGUGGCUCAUGUGGCUUCGUUGGUGCGGAGUGGUCAGCGUCUCGCGCGCAACGUCCAUCCUCACGCGGCUUCACGUGACCAACGUGAGGUCACCAUGCGUAGUAAGCAACCGUGUUGCACACAGUGUUGGCGGGGUCCGGAGGCCUGUUCUUUUAUUAGUGAGGUGGUUGCAACUUCAGUGCGUCGUGCAGCCUGUAGCCGGCUUGGGGCUGCGAUGCUUCAAUCAGGCGAUGUUGUAUGGAGUUUGCUGCAGAUGGCUUUGGUUUUUGAGGCCCGCCAAAGCUCCUUGAGGCUUCGCACACUAGCCGAACAACAUCCAGCUGUGGUGGACCGUAUUCGACAAUAUCUCUGUGGGGAGGGAUAUCACCUUCCGCUUCCUAGUGUUACUGCACACGAACAGUGGCAGGCUCUUAACUUGAUGCUGAAAUUUGACUGGAUUCGUGACAGUCGCACUCGGAUUUUUACAGAGAUUUCGAAACGAUGGAAGAAGCGUCACACACACUUUGAACAGUUUGUGCAUUUCUUUGAGUACCGUGAUGACCGCCCUCUACACCCCGUGAAAAACAUGUUAACACAUUCUGCUAAACCCGUACUAGUUUCUGUUCUGUCUGGGGAUGUGCUUGCGGUGGUAUUGCUUGCACGUCUUGGUUUUUUUGUGCCGCCUGACUACUACUGGGACAUAUUUCCUUUUUUUUCUCAGGCGUUGUUGACGGGGGACGGCGAUGGGCAGAUGUAUCAUCUCAUGCGACACCUGUGCUUGCACCUUGAGGAGCGACAGCGUGCCCUCUGCCGUGACGUGUACAAUCCCAUUGUGCCUCCUCGGGAGAACUCCCCGUGA